AUGUUGUUCCUAGUAGGAAUGGCAUGGGGCAGGUCCCGGGGGGGGGGGGGGGGGGGGGUUCUUGGUACCCGGACCCGCCCCAUGGCAGGUCGGGUCCGGGUUGGGUAAUUUAUCACGAGUCGCGGGUCGGGGCAGGUCGACCCAUUGGGUAUGGAAUUUAUAUGAAAAACAUUAGUAAUAUUCGUUAUUUUUAUUAUAAGGUCAAGAAAACAAAUAAUAUUAUGAUAAAUGUAGUUAAUUUUUUGGAGAAAUUGAGGUUUUCACUAAUUUACAACUUUAUUAUAGUUAAAAUAUGAUGCAAGAAAAGGAAAAUCCUAAGUAAUUUGACUAAAAUUACAUGUAAUUUAGGAAAGAACGGGUCGAUAAUGGGGCGGGUCAAGGCAGGUCGAGUCGAUGAGAGUACCCAUGCCUACGGGGCGGGUCGGACCCGGCCCAAAACAGGCCAAAAAGAUUGGGUAAAACAGGUCAGGUCGAAUUUGCCAUCCCUAGUUCCUAGAGGAGAGCAUUGAACCAUUUAUGUACGAUUGUGAGGUUUCAUUUCAGUUUCAAACUAUAUAUGGAUCGUGUGGGAAUUCCAGUGAGCUUUAUACUCUAUAUUUGUUGACAAUCGAUUAACCAAUAUCAUUUUAGUGGUGCUUAAUUAUCAUUAUGAAAUGAGAUUAAUGAUACAUUUUUAUAUUCUUAAGUAAGGAUAAUACUUCUCUAAAUGUUCGAUCUAUCUAUUCAUUCUUUAUGUGUCAUCUCGAGCGAAGAAUUUUUUAUAAACUUAAACGGGUUAAUAGAAACGUAACAUAAAAAUAAAAAUAAAAAUAUAUGAAAGAGGUAAAUGGCGCAUUAAUAAUCAAUAAUUAUCUUCUGUUUAGAUUUUGGAAACAUUGCGUGAAGGAUUUAGAAAAGGGGAAGAAAAAAGAAAAAAAAAAGAGAUAAAAGAGAUCCAUUCACGUGCCUAGUAACACGUGUGAGUUGUGACACAAAAAGAAAGGAGGUCGCUGGAAAAAUCCCCAAAUCCAACAACGAAGAAUAGAAUACAGAGAUCAGAUCCCCAAUUUCAUCGUGCGUUCCUCCCUCCCUAGGGUUUCCUCCUGCAAAUUCUUUUUUCCGGCGACCAUGAAUCCCGAUGCCGCGAUCCCGAGCCUCCGCUACGAUCCCCACUCACAAACCCCGCUGCUGCCUACGGACGUAUCAUCGAGCGUCGUCGUCGAAUCGGCUCCCGGAUCUGGUUCCUCCUCGAGCGAAACUGAGCUUGACUCGAAUCCGAAGAGGCAGAAGAUCGAUGAAGAUGAUGGCGGCGACCUCAUGGGCAGUGGCGGCGAGGAGGAUGAAGAGGAAGAGUGGAGUCAGACUAUGGGGGAGCCCUUAACCUGGUAUCCUAAAAGCGAAGAAGACAGGAAGAAGAUGGCGCUCUACUAUGAGCAGGUUUUUGCUAGCGAGGGAUUCGACUAUGUCCAACAGCCCCCGGUGGACGUCCUUGAAUAUGGGGUUUUGCAUGUCGACAUGGAGAAAGCUCUGUGCCGCAAGAUUCUCCGUGAGUGUGUGGAUCACGUUGUCAAAGAAACGAACAAAUCACCCGACAGGGGGUGGAAGCUGGUCGCUGGUGAUAUUGUGAAGGCCAAUUGGCGACCUGUCCAGGGUGGUAUUUACUUUAUCACAUUCAUGGCCAAGAACAGUGCUGAUCCUAAAGAUGCUGCUGAGAAAGAAUAUGAAGCUCAAGUUUAUCGGAACUUUACUGGUGUGUGUGAGAUGGAGCUGUUUCGUGUGAAGGGCCAGAAGGAAGCGAUUCAAGAAAGUCCAGACCGGUGGAGGAUGAUCAUGUGUAAUGGUUGGCCCUGUGACAGUCCCUGUGGCUGCUGUAAGUGAAGCUGGAGUUGGCAGUUAAGUAGUUAAGGAGUCCUCUUUUAAGGCGAUUGUGAGUUUGAAGCCUGUGGUCCUGCUAGGCUAGCUACUAAAUUCUUUCCAAAUUCAUCUCCAGACACGUCACUUUCGAAUAUCCACAGUCUGUAGAUUAUACCCGUCCAGUUUAUCGAAUGAUUUUUUGUUCCUGUAAUUAAACAUGUAUAUUUGACAUCAAAUAGAGAGCUACUAAAUCAUAAAUUCAACAAAGAUUUAUCGAAUGAUUUUUUGUUCCUAUAAUUAAACAUGUAUAUUUGACAUCAAAUAGAGAGCUACUAAAUCAUAAAUUCAACAAAGAUAUACUCGUUAAUUCAAAUUCAAAGCAUCCAGUUCACAGGACAAUCACUAUUUUAGCAUCCAACCCGACCCAAAUCGUAACUCAAAAAACUUUGAAAAUUUUGAAAUUGACGGAUGAGUUUGGAUUUACCACCAUAAACUGUUUGGUUGGGCCACAUACACCGCUAGUCACGAAUCAAGUAAGCUAGGCCACUUCCAUAUUUGGAUUUCGGGCUUAAUUGGAAAUCAAUCAGUUUGCGACGACCCCCCAAAAAUCAACUAAACAUCUUGACUAGUGUCCGAAUUUAUAUAUUUUUCCAGUUCGGGAUCCGAAAUAAAUAUUUUGGUGAGUUUGAUUUAAGAUCGCAAAUGGGUAGAUUCAUUGGAUAAUUGGAUCCAAUUAUUAUGGCACAUGUGUAUUAGGUUGGACUCAAAUUGGUUUGGGUAUAGUCCAAUUUGGGUCGACCCAUUUGGGUGUAUAUAAUUAUACGUAUAAAAUAGCAAUAUCUGACACCUUCCAGUGGCGGAUCUAGGGCUGGGCCACCCCGGGCCCCGGCCCAGCCCUCUUGCGGUUCCGAAUUGGUAUAGUACGUAUGAAUUUUUCGAUAUUAGGUGUUCGGUCUAGUGUUAUUUAAAUUCGGUCCAAAUUAUUUGAUAAUAGGAUUUUGUGUAACUUGAAAAAUAGUAUAGAUGAACAUAUCCAAACCACUACUCUCAAUUUAGACUAAAAAUUCUAGCCCAAAUAAUUUUCAUUUGAAAAGAAUAAAAUGAACAAUGAAACUUAAAAGUCUUACUCGUAAAAGACUAAAAGUAAAAAAUUUUUUAUUGAAAUAAAAACCUCUAAACUAAACCUCAAACUUCUCUAUCAAAACUCAAAAAAUUCCUCCAAUCCAAAAAAAAAAAAAUAGAACGAUGAGACGAACGAACCCGAAACGGAUUCCUUCGCUAGUUCGUCAGGAGCUAAUUUUCUUUCGAGUUUUUUGAUGAAGAAAAUAUUAACAAACUUGUUGAGUCAUCAUUUAAAUUGCUUCAGUUGAGGGGUUCACUAGAUCCUAAAAUUUAUUUAUGUUUUUUUAUGAAGAAAAUAUUAACAAACUAGCUCAAGAGUUUAUCCUCGAGACUUUGAAGGCUAUUAGAUGCAUUCUUUGAAGAAUGAUCUACGAUAUUAUACCGCUCAUGUGGUUCAUAGCCAGGAAUAUGAAGUUUCUUCUCUUGCAAAAUUACUAGAGAAGCUGGUGGAAACAAGAAUGGAUACACACUACACAUUGAUUUGUCAGUUGAUUCGUCUAGUGUUAACCUAGCUUGUUUCAACGGCUACUACGGAGAUAAUAUUUUCAUCAAUGAAACAUGUGAAACUUAUUUAAGCAACAAAAUAAGCGAUGAAUUUCCCGCGGAUUGCAUAACUUUUUGCUUUGAGAAAGAGUAUGUUAUUGUUAUGGAUGAAGAUUCAAUUAUUUUAUGAAUUCGCUAAAUUAAAAGAUCGUCAUGUACAAUUGACAUUGUAAUGAAAAUUAUAGCUAUCA